AGAUCUUACUCUAUCGAGAUAGUACAACAUCCUGUGAAAACGGCUGAAUUCGGAGACGCAACUCUCACCCGUCUACCAUUGGCACCACCGUUGAUCGCCCGGCUUGUGGUGCCAGAUCACUCUGACGCAGAAAUAGUCGAUGAUCCCGAUCUUUCAUUCCUUGUGGCGCAAGUCUCCAUCCUAUCUACUUACGACGCCGUACCAGCUGAGGCUCCGUCGGGACAUACGAGCGCCCCACGGCUGCUCUACGGGAAUCUCGUCUCUUCUCCGCACAUACUACGCAAUCUCCAAGGGCGGCAGGGGGUAUAUUUUCUGUUCCCCGAUGUCAGCGUGCGCAGACAGGGUCAAUACCAGCUUUGCGUAACGCUCCUCAGAAUACCAAGGUGA